AUGUACCAUAAACAAAAAUUCAAGUUGGCGAAGGCACGUAGGGGUAUGAUCAAGGAGAAGGAGAAGGGCGGGGGCGCCCGCAUCAAAGACGAACCCAACGAUCCUGCUGAACCAGGUCAUGGUUCCCGUCCGCCAUCCGCGUCGCUACCGACGCCGGCGGCACUGAAGAAGGAACCCGAAGAUCCGGCGCACAGAGUCAAGUUGGAACCUCACACACAGGCAUCGGACGACGCUAACGCCGAACUUGGCGUUGACGGCAUCAAGACUGAGAUCGACGGCCUCAUGGAUAGUGACGGCGACCCCACAAAAUCACCAUCUUGCGAGAUGGGUGGCCCUGGGUCCUUGAAGUCGGAGCGCCUGUCAUCCGACUCCAACGAUAUUUUGGACCCACAAACCGGCCUACGAGGUUCUACUGGGAACCUGCAGGAUGGAAACCAGAACUGCCGCAAUCCGAGUAACGAAGGAAUGGGUUCGUGCAGACUCGGCGGUGGAAAUAUGGGCGGCGUUUCCAUGGGCCCGAUGUCCAGCGAGGCACAAACACUGCCAGCAAACGUCAUCAGCAAGCAGGCCGGCAGCAUGGAGCAGCAGAGCCAGAUCUUCGUAUUUUCAACGCUGCUGGCAAACAAGAGCGCGGAGGCCGUUAUAUCGGGACAGCACCAUUCGAUUAUCGCCUACCACUGUGCUCAGCCGAAUACUAAGAAGUACCUUGAGAAACAUCCGCUCAAAAUCGGUCAAUUUAACAAGCAAAGUCCUGCUCAAUGGCUCAACAACCUCGCUAUGGCUAAAAACCGCAGCGGAAUGCGAGGCGGGCCCAACAUGAUGGGCGGUCCCAACCAAAUGGGCCACAUGAUGGGCGGACCCAUGGGACCAAACAUGGGUCCUAUGGGUCAUGCUGGUAUGGGGCAUAUGGGACCAAACAUGAUGGGUCCUAAUCGCAUGGUGGGACCUGGAAACCAAAUGAUGAUGAUGAAAGGCGGCCCGGGCCAAAUGGGACAAAUGGGUCCUGGGAUGGGUCCGAUGGAUGGGUUUCCAGGGAGCACCCCGUCCUGUGGUGUCAUGGACGGCCUCGGUGCUGAUGGUGAAAUGCCAUGGGACACCAAAAACUCCUCGGUAAUGUCGAACGGCAUGUCUAACGGGCCGCCGCUGUCGAUGCCUCCGUGUUCGGAGGCCGGCGAGUCGGCGCCGCCCGCGGACUCCAGCGACUCGCCCUGCCAGCCCGGCCCCAAAGCAGGUGUAAAAAUACCGGAUGAGAACCUUACACCGCAGCAGCGCGCGCACCGCGAAGAACAACUCGCUACAAUUCGCAAGAUGCAGCAAAUGCUGUUUCCGGAAAGCGGCAGUAAUUCGGGACCAGGACCGGGCGAAGGCUCGCAACAAUCCAACGAACACAAUCCCCCGAAUUCAACCGCAAACAUAAACAUGCCAUUCCCACCCAUGUCUGGCAUGGGCCCAAACGGACCCAUGGUUUCGGGACCGAACGGACCUAUGGUUUCAAUGUCCAAUAGCAUGAACUCUGGUCCCAGUUGUACGAUGUCCGGACCUAUGGGUCCAAAUGGCCCGAUGGGUCCAGGAUCAAUGGGACCUGGAGGCCCUAUGGGUCCGAAUGGCCCUAUGGGUGGACCAAUGGGCGGAAUGGGUGGGCCGGGUGGAAUGGGUAUGGGUGGACACGGAUCUAUGGGACCUAAUGGGAUGAUGGGACCAAAUGGCCCUAUGAUGUCAGGGAUGGGUCCCAAUGGUCCUAUGGGUCCCAUGGGCCCAUGCGGGAUGAAAGGCAUUAGAGGAGCUUGCGGUGGUCCUGAUAUGAAAUCGGGGAUGUGUACAGAUAUGCAUAUGGGUAGGGGAUGUGGUGGUCCUAUGGGGCGCAUGCCAAAUCCGAUGGGCGGUAUGGGUGGACCUAAGCCGUGUAUGAUGGGUGGACCGCAUAUGGGACCUCGUAUGAUGCCUGGACCUAACUUAAAUGCAAUGAAUGGGGGUAUAAUGAUGGACGGCAAUAUGAUGAGCAGCAUGGUGCAUGGUGAUUGCGGGCCCGAGCACCAUGGCAUGCCCGUCAACGGACCCAUGUGCGAUGAAUACGGCCGCGGACGCAAUAUGGGUCCUGGCGACCCGGGCGGGCUGGGCCCUGGCCACAAAGGGGGCCUUCGAAGCCCUAAGAGUCCAUCGGCUGGUGCAGACAUCGACUGGCAGAAGCUACAUCAUCAAUUCUUCGACGACCCUAAGUCCAUGGAUACUGACCUCAGUACACAAGUAAAAUCACCCUGUUCAGAAAGAGGAGGAUGUCUACCGCCACCACCCUAUGGUGCAUCUCCAUUACAUCGCUCCGCGUCUGUGCCUAUAGCCACUGCGUCGCCAUCACAUGGUUCGGUGCAAAUGCCAAUGUCGGCGGAAACAUCCCGGGCCAGCUCCGGACUAAACAGCCCUGCGCACUGCAAGCCCGGCCAUAAACAGGAAGCGCCAGAAAUACUCGAAAAACUAGACGAUGGUGUGUUUGUCCGAACCCUACAAUGUUUGGCAGCGCAACAGCAGAAGAACCAACAGAAUACACACGGAAAGGAACCCAGUUUGAUGCCCGUGCCAUCUCCGCAACAAAUAUCAUAUCUCAACCAAUUCGAAGGCCAAGAGUUAACAAUACAGAAGCAACCAAACACGUCACUGAAAGACAAUGGACCACCUUCUAACAGCGGUAGUCAGACCCCUCAGUCGAACUCUAAUCAGAAAUCACCAGCCGGCAUGAUGCCGGGAACGCCUGAGCCCCACUCGUCUCUGUCGGAGCAACGUACGGGCCGUUUUUCAUUGGAACAGAGUCCAGGAUUCAAUAAUCCACAGACGCCUACUUCGGCUGCAAAUACUAAAUGUGGACAAGAUGAGAAAUCACGUCCCAGCCCAUCGUCCAACCGGUCGAGUCAAGAAAACGCGUCCAAAACGCCCCAAAGGGAGUCAUCUAGUUUAAACCAGGGCCCGUAUGCCCCCGCAUCUUCUGCAUCCUCCUGCGCCGGCAGCGUCAAGAGCAGCUGUAGUAUAGCAUCAAGUACAGCUCCCACAUCAGCAAGCGGCAAUAUGGACGACAGUCUAGCAGGCAAUAAUGAGACCACAUUAUCAGGAGGUCCGAAUAGCACGAGUUUACCCAGUCCAUUUCCUGGUCCAUGCAGCAUGAACAGGCCGGACAACAUCCCUAUCAACCCCAACCAAGGCCCAAAUGGCCCCAUGGGUACCUCUACAUCUUCCUUUGACCCCAUAUCGUCGCUCGCUCAGAUGUCACAACAACUGACGAACACAGUUGGAGGUGGAGGCCCAGGUCCAACUGGACCCAUGGGGCCUAAUGGCAGCGGAAUGGGACCUUUUGGUUCAGGACCACAUCACAUGCAGCAUCAUCACUCGAUGCAUCCACAUGGGCAUCCCCAUAUGAUGAUGAACGAUUUAGGUUGCCAUAUGGAUAACAUGGGAGGUCCGGGUAUGGGUGGACCUAUGGAAGGGAUGAUGGGUGGCAGUGAUUUUUCUCCAGAAAUGAAUUUAAGUCCAAAAAUGGGCGGAGGUCCUAUGGGUGGACCAAUGGGACCCAUGGGUCCCGAUGCCUCUAUGCUCGGACCGAGGAUGGGUGGAGCGGGGAAAAUGCCUCCAUUCAAUGGAGCUAACGUGCAAGUCAAAGCGAGCGCACCGAACACGAUACAGUACCUACCGACAAGGCCCCAGAUGCAAUGCAAUACGGGCCCAAGAGGCCCACCGAGCUUAGACUUUCUACAACGGGUGACAAACCCUAUGCAAAUGGACAGCAGUAAAGGCGUGCAAUAUUUCCCCGGAGCGAGAGGAAUGGACAUGGAAGGUGGGAUGCGAGGGGUGAUGAGACCACCCGGCGGUAUGCUGAGAAUGCCGCACUACCCUGCCGGGUUCAACUCACCGCCGAAAAUGGCUGGCGAUCCUUUCGGCGGAGCUGGGCCUAAUCCUAUGUGCGGACCGAACUUCAGGGGAGUUAAGGGGGGUAUGGGUCCGGGCAACGUUCGUAUGGGGUCUGCGCAACCCCUGCCCCCUUCAAUGGGGGGCCCUACGGCGGGCUUCAAGGGGCAAGGCUUCGCGGUCCCCUCCACAGCAGACCCCAAUUACGCGGCACAGUUUCACAACUUCCAACAGCAAUUGUAUGCGACCGGAAGCCGUGCAGCCCAGCCGCAUCAAGGCUAUCCCCCCUACCAACCGUCCAAGUGA